AUGUAGGUUUCUUUAUUAUUUAGUCAAGAACACGUUUUUGAAAUGCCAAACGCAACAUUAUUUAUUUUUCCUUUUUGCAUUAUAAGUACAAACAUGAACAAGGAACACAUUCAACUCAAAUACGGUAGCACUGACGUAAAAAGUGAAAUAAGAGAUUUACUUAAAUAGAGAUGUAUAGGCUAUUCAAUUUGAACCAGAUUUUAAGUAAACUCUUAAAGCAACAAAAAUCUGGUAUGUUUUAUUGUUGUUGUGUAUAAAUCAGAGUUUUACAUGCAAUACUAGUAAAGCUGGCAACAUUCAAGCUAACUGAUCGUUUUCAUAAUAGGAAAUGUAUAUAUAUAUACUUUUGUGGGGCUAAAUAUAAAAUGAAAACAGCCCAGAAAUGAUUAUUUAUAUUACAAUAAAUAAAAUAGAUACAUAAACAGCUUUUCGAAGUUUCUUCGAGUCGACAGUGUCGAAACACUUAGAAAUGGAGGAAUUAACAGGAUACAUUUCAUUAAUAAUUGUAUUCGUAAUUUUAAAGUAGACUUAAAUAAUCUUAUUAGAAUAGAAGAUGAAUCUUCAAAUUUGAUCCCAAAGGGAAUUCUGGCGCUUCCUUCGGAAUGCGUCUGAACAGGAAGUCGCGCCGGUGACGUCACCUCCGCUCUCGUAUUCCCAGCGCAGGACAACAACUGAAUGUGGACGGGCUGUUAGCGGCGGAUGGAUUCGGGAUACGGUGUCCAGCGGAGGGCCGGCGGCGGCUCACCCGCUGUGGGAGCGUCGCAGCGCCGCAGGAAGAUGCCACCCAGAGCCGCUGAUUUCAAACUGCAGGUGAUCAUUAUCGGCUCCCGCGGCGUGGGGAAGACCAGCCUGAUGGAGAGGUUCACGGACGACACCUUCUGCGAGGCGUGCAAGUCAACUGUGGGUGUGGAUUUUAAAAUCAAAACGGUAGAGCUGAGAGGAAAAAAGAUCCGGCUCCAGAUCUGGGACACAGCGGGUCAGGAGAGGUUUAACAGCAUCACUUCAGCGUAUUACCGUGGUGCAAAAGGCAUCGUUCUGGUCUAUGACAUCACCAAACAGGAAACCUAUGAUGACCUGCCCAAAUGGAUGAAAAUGAUCGACAAGUAUGCUUCAGAGGAUGCUGAACUCUUAUUGGUUGGAAACAAGUUGGACUGUGAAUCUGAUCGCAUCAUCUCACGACAGCAAGCUGAGAGGUUUGCUUCACGGAUAUCGGGAAUGCGUUUCUGUGAAGCGAGUGCCAAGGAUAACUUCAACGUGGAUGAGAUCUUUCUGAAACUAGUGGAUGACAUUUUGAGUAAGAUGCCACUUGAAGUCCCCAUCAGAGAGCUGUCCAACAGUGUCCUGUCCCUUCAGCCCGAACCCGAUAUUCCACCAGAGUUUCCUCCUCCUCGCAUGCGCUGCUGUUGAGAAUCCCGACACCUCCUUCACGUUCAUAACCCAACACGCACUGUUACAGCCUUCCGCCACCAGAGAGCGAAACGCUCAUGACGAGAGACUCCAACUCAUAUGGAGCGAGACGAAAGCCAAGCAUAUAAUCAUCUCGCGCGGUAAAUAAACGGUAGAUUGUGUCAUGUAUUCUAUAUUUUGGUACUUCUAGAUGUCAGCAUGGAACGUGGUAUCAUCACAUGCACACAUUGAUUCCCGAUGGCCCAUACUUGCACUACCUCAUUUCUGGGAAGCACAGGAGUGCAUUUUUCCGACACGUGCCUUUCCCUGUCGGAGACCACCGCAGACGUGUCACAGACACGGAUGAUUGGAACACUUAUCAGAUCUCAUUUGCAUAUGAUUUAAUUAGAGACGGGAAACACAAAAGCAUUGCUAUUUGAUGACGGAUACUCCACCCUAUUCAUCUUCAUCUUAUUAAGAUUUCCUCACUAAUACCAGAUCAAUAAAUCAAGCGCUGAUCGUCAGCUCUUUUGAAAAGCAAAAUGGGUAUCAUUUCAUGCCAAGUGUAUCCAUAGUGGUUCAUUUUCCUUAUUUUGAAUCACCAGCGUGGUCGUGUUGACGUCUUUAUGCAUUACAUUCAAUCAGUGUUAUUGUUUUUGAGCGGAUGACUUGUUUUUGUGCAUGUGUGUUUUGCACUACAAUCCGUUCGUAGGUAGUUUACGAACAGCUGAACGUUAAUGAAAAGCCUGUGCACAUAGAUUAAUGUUAUCAUUUGCCAUCUGUAGUUCCAGAGCUUGUUGCUUAGUAAUACUAUUGAUGCUGUUUGACUUUAGUAGAAUGAAAAAGAGUGCUUUACUGGGUUUCCAAGUCGUUGGAACGUGGAACUGAACUGCUCACUUCGAAAGGGCUAUUCUCCACGGAGAGCAUGAUGAAGGAUAAAAAGGACAUUUGAGAGAAUUGUUUUGAUACUGUUUCAGUGUUACUAACUAAAGUACAACACUCAUUAGUUAACAUCAUCAUGCCUUAGUGUUACUGAAGAACCACUGACUCUGUUACAUUUACAUUACUGCUGCAGACGUUGAGUUAUGUGGAUUGGCUGCAGAGAUGAAGGACUGCAGUUAUGGGAUAGGUAUAGAAUUUGAUUGGUUGACAGAUGUGGCUUCUGUGAGUUUGUGGGAAUAUUUUGCAGCUUUUAAUGGAACCGUUGUAGAAAAUGAGGAGUGUUGACAGUGUCACUGUGCCUCGACAAAAAAAGACAUUGUGUUUCAUAUUGGGAUAAUCUCACAUGACAUGAGUCGGUCAUAUUUCACUCCAAAAUAAAUAAAUAAAAAUUACAUUUUAUUUAGAUAUUCAUUAUUUUUGCACAUUUUGUUCGUGAGAUUUGUGCUAAUUGUGAUUAAAUUAGUGUCGCAGCAAAAAUAGUUUCUAUAGUCAUAAUAAAUAUUUUUUCUGUUAAUUUGAGGGUGAAAUAUGAGUGAGGUUCAUUUUAAUACAAACAAACUGAAGUGUGGUGUGUGUGUUUAUGCUGUGUUUCAGUAUGUGCCUGUCAGAAACCAGUGUUAUACUAAACAACAACAACAACAAAUAUGUCCGCGUCUGUUUUUUGUAUUUGAGGGAUUAAUAUCUGAGUAUUACUGAUAUUAAAAUCUGAUUUUUCUUUUCUUUGUUAUUCUAAAAUAGCCCAGUUGCUCCUACGUUGAAUUGAACUACUUUUAUUUGUCAGAUUUUUCUUCUAACUGUAAGGCUUAAAAUGUUUUUUUUUUACAGUAUUAUGGAACGUGUACUAACCUCACAAUGUUCAUGUUUGAAGGCUUGUGCCAUUUUAGAACUUUGUAAGAUACUCUGACAAAACAGUCUGUUUCACCAAGUGCUAUUUGCUUUCUCAGCACAAUUGGCAGAUUUUUACUUUAUAAAGCUUUAACCUUUUUUGCAACAAAAUAAUUUAAACAGACCUUUUGUCUUUUUAGUUUCUUGUUUAUGUAGUCAGUAGAGAAACUGUUAAUUUUUUCUUCUGUUCUUCUGAAAUUAUUCAUUCAAUCCAGCUUUCACUUUACAACUCUGUAGGGUUUCCUUAGUCUAGCAAAACAUGUUGCCAUUAUGAAUUUUUAUUUUGUACAGAAUAGUCUUUUAUCUCGACUCCCUCGGCCGACUUCGGUAUUAACAUUGCAAAAACAAAAAGAUCAAAUGGAUCCUGAUAGCAUUGCGGAGUUUGUACUAAUAAGUUGAUGUUUAGGUCUUUGAAACAGUUUGGCAUGUUUAAACAGUUUUGUGUAUUUAUAACUUGUGGCAUUCUUAAACUAAUGACGUGCAAAUAAAGAUCUAUAUUUAUUA